GAGGCUGGGCAAUGUUGUCAUGACGACAGAGUGACGAUUACCAACGUCACAUGAUAAAAUCGGAGGAAAUUAGAAAAGACGUCCAGAAGGAGUGUGAAAUAUGGCAGCAAUGUCUUUCGCAGUUUCCUUCAAAUACGCGGCAGUGGUUGUUCUAAUUGGUUUCUCGUUAGCUGCUCUGAGCGAUGGUUGUACUUACAAAGGUGACUGCGAAACGAACCAAGUCUGCUGCGACAGCGAAUGUGUUUACGGAUCAAGUUGUGUCGGUCAAUACUGUUCGUCUGAUUCUGAUUGCUCUAUCGGAGAGAGUUGUUGUUUGCUGUCAUGUGUCUCCGGUUCAAGUUGUGUCGGUCGAUACUGUUCGUCUGAUUCUGACUGUUCUAGUGGAGAGAGUUGUUGUGGGCAGUUAUGUGUCUCCAGUUCAAGUUGUGUCGGUCAAUACUGUUCGUUUGAUUCCGAUUGCGGAAGUUGGGGAACCUGUUGUCACGGGACUUGCCAGAACGUAUAUGACAGUUGUGUUGAUAUUGCCGCAGUCGUAAUUGCAAGCUCAGUAAUUGGUUCCCUUGCUUUCAUCUGCAUGAUGUCCAUGUGUAUUUUCUACGCCCGGCGUCGGGGGAGAACAAUUCAGGGCAGAGUUAUAUUAGGACAGAGUGUAACAGCAACAACUGCCACCACCACAAGAUAUGCAAUCCAGGUGAACCCACCUUACCAGGGACAGGCUCCAUCAUCCUAUAGCUACCAACAAGGGCAUCCAUAUUACCCCUUACCACAGUCAGAACAGCAUCAGACAGCCAAUCUUCCACCAUAUAACUCUGAAACAAUGGCAGGGUGCGAACAACCUCCCCCUUACCCCACAGAACCACAGAGAGUAUCAGGGGGAGUAUAUGCUCCUAAAACCUCUUAUGGCACCAUACCAUUAGCAGCUGCUGUCUAGGAGAACCUCAGGCCAAGAUCGUGAUCAGUUGAGCAGACAGCUAAAUUUUACAAUACCUCGCAACUAAUUGGUAUCUUUUAUAUAAUGUGGUCAAAUAUCUUGAAUUGUUCUCACAUUUUGAUUGGUUUACUUAUGAUCUAUAUGAGGACAGACAUACAGAUGAUGUCAUUUAACCAUUUUUUAUUUCUUUUUUAUAUAAAGCAAGUAAAUAAACCAAUUGUUCCUGUACAUCUGUUCAGUAAUAGAUCACAGAAUACAUCAAAUGUGGCAAGAACAUCAGUGACACCCUCACCUGACAACUUGUGUACCACUUUUUUGUUCUUACCACAUUUUCAUGCCAUCAGUGAUCAAUUACUGAACAGUCAUUGCAUGACAGCAAUUGGAAUGCAUUUAUUUAAUUGAAUCACAAUAGUAUCUUAGUGAUUUAUUACAACUGUACUGAUUGACAUGCUUGCCAUGCAUCUUGAUCAAGUACAUAGUUAAUAGAGGGGAAUGGUUAAGAAACUCGACAAAGUUCUUUGUUGUAUGUUUUUGUUCUCUUGUUUGGCCU